AUGUCCGGCCGUAUUCCUGUUGAACAAGAAUCUUACCUUUCACAAAUCCAAAAGACUCCAGCCUACACACUUGCUGUCCACGCUGGUUUGUUUGUUGCUGGUAUUGCAUUCAUCCAAUCGCCACUCAUGGAAAUGCUCGUUCCCCAAUUAUAA